AAAGAAAACCCUACUUCUCUGAAAUAUGAAGAUUGGCAGCUCUGGCAGCAUGGCAGGCAGCAAGAGAAGGCUGUCUUCGUCGUCAAGCAAAGGACUCGGAGGGGUCCUGCGACAGCAAAGAGCCAGGCUUUACAUCAUCAGGAGGUGUGUCGUCAUGCUCCUCUGUUGGCAUGAUUGAAAACAUGAUGACAUGGGGAAAGGAAGAUUUUGGUUUUUCUUUUUAAUUUCUUCUUAAUUUUCCUGUUUUUCUUCUUCUUCUAUCAUCGAUCUUUUAUCUUCUUGGUGGAGUUGUAAAUAGCCAGCGAAUGUUUUUAGGAGAGUUGAAGACAAAAUUUUGUAUGGGGUUAAUUUGGCCUUAUGGGGCUUAGAUAUGUACAUCGGAAUAGCCUAAAUAUAUAAACUUUUAUAUGAUAUAACAAGCUAGAGUUCUUAAUA